GCCAGUGACCCCCCAGCAGCCAUCAAUGCCUACUUAAAGCUCUCCUCUUCACUCAGCCACCACCACCACCAUCAUCUCUAUCUCUCCUCCUCUUUUUCUCUCUCUCUCUUCCACAUAUAUGGAAAUGGAACCCAAUAAAGACCACACCCAAGACGGCACCGUCGAUCUCCGCGGCCACCCCGCCGUCGCCUCCAAAUCCGGCAGAUGGAAAGCCUGCGGUUUUCUCGUCGGGUACGAAGCAUUUGAGAGGAUGGCUUUCUAUGGCAUAGCUUCAAACCUGGUGGUUUACUUGACGACGCAGCUUCACGAAGACACGGUUUCAUCGGUGAGGAACGUUAACAACUGGUCAGGCUCUGUUUGGAUGACGCCAAUCCUUGGCGCCUACAUAGCCGACGCCUAUCUGGGUCGCUUCUGGACCUUCACAUUCUCCUCUCUCAUCUAUGUCAUGGGAAUGGUGCUUCUAACAAUGGCCGUGUCGAUCAAAUUCCUGAAGCCAACCUGCGAAAAUGGCGUCUGCAACAAGGCGUCGUCUUCCCAAACGGCAUUCUUCUACGCGGCUCUCUACACCAUCGCCGUCGGAGCCGGCGGAACCAAGCCGAACAUCUCCACCUUCGGCGCCGACCAGUUCGACGACUUCAACCCCCACGAGAAGAAGCUCAAGGUCUCCUUCUUCAACUGGUGGAUGUUCAGCUCCUUCAUCGGCGCCCUCUUGGCCACCCUCGCCCUCGUCUACAUCCAAGAGAAUCUCGGCUGGGGGCUCGGCUACGGGAUCCCGACCGUCGGCCUUCUGCUUUCGCUCUUCAUCUUCUACCUCGGCACGCCGAUUUACCGCCACAAGGUCCGGAAAACUAGGAGCCCCGCCGGGAACCUGCUCCGAGUGCCUGUGACGGCCUUCGCCAACCGGAAGCUCAAGUUCUCCGGCCAGCCAUCGGAGCUUCAUGAGCUGGAGCAGCAGCAUUAUGUUAACAGCGGGAAACGCCGGGUCCAUCACACUCCAGUGUUCAGGUUCUUGGACAAGGCAGCAAUGAGAGAAGGAAAAUCUCCCUGCACAGUGACACAAGUAGAAGAAGCCAAGCUAGUUCUGGGCAUGGCCAUGAUAUGGCUGGUAACCCUAGUCCCAAGCACCAUCUGGGCUCAGAUCAACACCCUCUUCGUCAAGCAGGGCACCACCCUCGACCGCGGCCUCGGCUCCGACUUCAAGAUUCCGGCCGCCUCCCUCGGCAGCUUCGUCACCCUCUCCAUGCUCCUCUGCGUCCCCAUGUACGACCGCUAUUUCGUCCCCCUCGCCCGCAAAAAGACCGGCAACCCUCGCGGCAUCACUCUCCUCCAGCGCCUCGGCGUUGGCUUCGUCAUCCAGAUCGUUGCCAUCGCCAUCGCCUACGCCGUCGAGGUCCGCCGCAUGCACGUGAUAAGGUUGCACGGGACCACGGCGCCGACCUCCACCGUGCCCAUGACCAUCUUCUGGCUGCUGCCGCAGUACGUCCUGCUCGGCGUCGCCGACGUGUUCAACGCAAUCGGGCUGCUGGAGUUCUUCUACGACCAGUCGCCAGAGGACAUGCAGAGCCUGGGGACGACGUUUUUCACCAGCGGGAUCGGAGUCGGCAACUUCCUGAACAGCUUUCUAGUGACGCUGGUGGACCGCGUCACCGGAAAAGAUGACGGAAAGAGCUGGAUCGGGAAGAACUUGAAUGAUUCUCACUUGGAUCAUUAUUAUGGGUUUCUUCUGGUGAUAUCCGCCAUUAAUCUGGGAGCUUUCUUGUGGGCUUCUAGUGUUUACGUGUAUAAGAAAGAAUCGACAUCAACGGUGAAGGAAGGUGAUGUUCAGAUGGAAGCCAAAACCCUAGACACGUCGCCAUUAGGGUUACAAGUAUGACAAAACUAGGGUUUGUAGAAGUAAAGCAUGGCGGUGCCUGCAAGAUGCAUGGCAGUGCAUGAUAAUUAAUGAUAAUGAAUCAGCGCGCAUGCAUGCGGUCGUCUAUGAUGUUGGGUUGGGUAGAGUUGGGUUAAUGGGUGUAGCAUUUUGAUGAUGUUUCUCUAGUGUUAUUUUCGCUUUUUAAUUAGUCAGUUUACUAAAAUAAUUAAGAAAGGUACCUCUCAUUUAUAAUAGCUAUGUAUAUAUAGUAGCAAAUU